AUGGGGAUUCUGAGGAACUCCCCUGAUCCUGCACACACGCGCGCUCUCCUCUUAUCUGCUCAAGAUGGCACGACUCGCACUCACUCUGCGCUCUGUGCGCACUCAAUACAAGAUCGCCCUGUAUCUGGAUGCUGUCUAUCUCGUUUGCGUUCUUUGCCGGGGAGUGUGGUACGGACUGGCUGGAGUCGAACUCUUCGAAGGAGCGGCCGCUGCGACUGCCUGUCUGACUGUAGUCAUGCUCUGGCGAAUGCUCCCGCACACCGUCGAGUCGAUCCCCUCGUCGUCCCUCUCCCGGGUGGGCGUGCAGUUCUCGCUCGCCGGGAUGUUGACGGGAUUCUGGCUCUUCCCUGCCUUCAAGACCGUCCUGCUCGUCUUAUCCGAGUCUGAGCCUGAUUCGGCCGUGCCGUCGUGUAUCGCCCACCCGCUAGAUAUCCUCGUCUGCACGCCCUGGGCGGUCUACCGCUUCCUCCCGCUCCCGAUCCUGUUUUGCGUCGCAUUCUCGUCGUAUCUGACGUAUCACCACGCGAUCGCCAUCUACGGCAUCGACGACCUCAUGCUGCUCCCCGACGGACCCGUGCAGGCGCCGCUCCUCAAAAACCGGCCGGGGACGAUGAUCGCGUCGUGGACCAUGGCGCAGAUCGCUGAUACGGAGGGCAGGUUCGAGGGCGGGAGCGGGGGAGACGCGGCGGUUGUGUAGAUUGCCAUUCGUACAGGACGGGCGCUUAUUGUGGGGGCUGUCAGACUAUCAGCGGGAUUGCAGGGUCUUCCUGCAUUCCGCUCGUCUGCGCGGUAUGAUCAAGUCGUCGAUUGACGUCCUUCCGAGGAGUCACACGGAACAUAAAGCAAUAGAUGGUAGUGCAACGCAAAGAGAUGAAUUUGGAGACGCAAUGUCCGAGGGCAGACUGGGAGAAUUUAAGCAGGCCGCCGCGCAUCAGAAUCUGCCGUGCAAGACUCGACACGAUCGCAAUCGACAUCGGCCGAAGAGGAAACGGACAUUCAUCCCUCUCCACCUGUCCUGUCGUGGUAGGGACUGGACUGGAUUCACCUUGCUUGUGCCGUUCGCGCAUGAUCAUUGUGUGAUAAGCUCAUUACCAGUGUUAUUUAUAGACGGGCGCUCCCGCACGGCCUCGACUAUUCCGACCAAAGCUUGAGCGCCGAGCAAGACAAUCUCCCACGACACCCUCUCGAUCUCCCUCCCUUCAUGAUAUACCUGGCAGCCUUGCGCUCUUUCCGAGUCCGAACCCAAUAUCGCAAGUCGUCCUGAGGUUGCAGACAACACAACUCAUUCUCCCUGUAGAGAUCUCUGCGUGGCUAGCCCUCGUGUACCUGCUCUCCGUCUUCUUGCGCGUGCUGUCGUAUGGGCUGGCGGAAUGUGGUGAGACGCCUACCUCCUCGCUCGCUUAUGCACUCACACACGGGUCGGCCUGUCUAGGUUUCGCCGAGGCAGCGGGCGCUGUGAUCGCAGCCGCGACACUCGUGUGGCUCGCCCGAAUGUUAGUCGUCUGUCCGCCGCGGUUCUUGUCUGCUCGAGCUCGUGACUUCUAGGCUGCCUUACACCGUGAGAGCGGACCCCUCCUCGUCCUGGUCACGAGCGGAAAGGCACUUUUUGUCGAUUGCGCUGGUAAUGGUCCUGUGGUUCUUUCCCGGUGAGUGAGUGAGUGUGUGCGCAAGGAUAAGGUCAUCUCAUGGCCUGGUGUGACAGCUGUAUACGUCAUCCUCAGCUUGGAUAAAUACGGGACCGACUCGGGCGCACUGUCCUGCACAAUAUACUCGGCUCUCGCCUGGUCCGCUACCUGCAUCCCAUUCGUGGGGUAUGUCUUCCUCCCCGUGCUGAUCAUCGCCUCCC